GCGGCGGCGGCGAUGUGCUCGGCGGGGAGGCGCUGGGGCCGGCGGCAGCGAGUCCUGCUAUGGGGCGUCCUGCUGGCGGCCUGGGAGGCGGCGUGGGGGCAGCUGCGCUACUCGGUGCCCGAGGAGAUGCCCAAGGGCUCGUUCGUGGGUGACGUGGCCAAGGACCUGGGGCUGCAGAUAUCGGAGCUCCAAGACAGCGGCGUCCGCGUUGUCUCUGUCGGUAGGACGCAGUAUUUCACUCUGCACGAGAAGACGGGACAUUUAAUGACUGCCGAGAGGAUCGACAGAGAGCAGCUGUGCGAGAGUGUGGAGCAAUGCGUGCUGCGCUGUGAGCUGAUAGUGGAGGGACAGAUGCAGGUUUAUGGAAUCGAGGUGGAAAUCAUCGACAUUAAUGACAACACCCCGAGCUUCAAAGAAAUUGAGCUCGAAGAGAGAAUGAGCGAGACAACAGCCCCGGGGUCGCGGUUUCCCCUGGCCGAGGCUCACGACCCCGACUCGGGACAGAAUUCCCUGCAGAGCUACGAGCUGAGCGGCGACGAGCACUUCUCGCUGGCCGUGCAGACGGGUCCUGACGGGGAUCAGCGUCCCGAGCUGGUGCUGGCGAAGGCGCUGGACCGGGAGGAGGCGGCGUUCCACGAGCUGGUGCUGAGGGCGAUGGACGGCGGCGAUCCGGCCCGGACGGGCACGGCGCGGAUCCGCGUGACGGUGGUGGACGCGAACGACAACGCGCCCGUGUUCAGCCAGGCGGAGUACACGGUGCGUGUGGCGGAGGAUGUGCCCGUGGGCUCCGUCCUCGUCACUGUCACGGCCACCGACGCCGACGAGGGCUUGAACGGGCACGUGGAAUACUCGUUGAAGAAAAUAACAGAAAAAGCAACAAAGAUUUUCCAUCUGGACUCUAAGACGGGAGCGAUCACGUUAGUGCAGAGCCUUGAUUAUGAAGGAGGCGAUUCAUACGAACUCGAGGUGCAGGCACGGGAUGGAGCAGGGCUUUUCGACACGACAAAAGCCGCAAUCACCGUGACAGACGUAAAUGAUAAUGUGCCCGAGAUUUCUGUGCGCUCGGCAUUGAGUGAGAUUUCUGAGAAUGCCCCGCCAGGGACGGUGGUGGCCCUGCUGCACGUGCACGAUCGGGACGCGGGGGCCAAUGGCGAGGUGCACUGCUCCCUUGACGGGGACAUCCCGUUCCGCCUGGAGAAGUCCCUCGAGGGCUACUACCGCGUGGUGACAUCGAGAGAGCUGGACCGGGAGCAGCAGUCGGAGUACAACGUGACGGUGCGGGCGUCCGACGGCGGGUGGCCGGCGCUGCAGAGCAGCAGGGUGCUGGCGCUGCGGGUGCUGGACGUGAACGACAACGCGCCGGUGUUCUCGCAGGAGCGCUACAGCGCGCGUCUGCGGGAGAACAACGCGGCCGGCGCCGCCUUGCGCGGCGUGCCUGCCACGCACUUCGUGGGCAUCGACGGCGUCCGCGCCUUCCUGCACUCCUACUCGCACGACGUGUCUCUCACGGCCGACUCGCGCAAGAGCCACCUGCGCUUCUCGGCCGCCAGCUGCUGCGACACCCUCCCGGCCCGCCCGCCGCCCGACGAGCCCGCCCCGUUGCUCGGAGAGGAGGAACCUGCCAGUGACCGUCCCACCGACCCGGCCACUCCCCCGGUGAGUUCCUCAUGCCGGACUCGCUUCUCGCUGGCCGGCGCCGCCUUCCCGCCCGACUUCUGCGAGGGCACCUUGCCCUACUCCUACAACCUGUGCGUGGCCGCGCCGGCCCGCGCCGCCACCGAGGCCGCUUGGCCGCCGCCGCCGCUGCCCAUCCUGCCCGCCGAGGAGCUUCUGGCCGGGGAGCCCUGCGACAAGCCAAUCCUGAGCAGCAGCACCGCCGUGGAGCAGCCGACCACAGACCCUGACGCACCGCAGGUUCAGUUGAAAAUUUUUGUCUACGAAGUGACGAUCCGUGCUGCAGCGAGGCGGAGAGUCCGGCGGCACCAGCCGGGAGCGGCGAACAGCAAAGCUUAUCGGCUGGCGGCAGCUGGGAUCUGCCGGUAG